GCGCGCCUUCGCAGCGCACCGCAGGGAGCAGGACAGAUCUGUGAACAGAGAGCGGGCGGGGUAUCCGUGCGGAGUUUCCCGCGGCGUUUCCAAGUUAUUGAGCGCUGUCGUGAGACGUGCUUCUGCCUGGCAGGACGGGCGAGAGGACUGAGCUCACAGGCGCUUGGCCGAAAAAGCAGUGUUGACAGAUACCAGGUGCAACGCGAGGGAAGUAGGGUGAGAGCGAAUCCCCCAAAGCACUCCAGACGCAGAGGUAAACAGCCACCUUCUGCACCGCGGUCCUCAAAAAGGUACCUAGCAGACACCAUGGACUGAUGCUGGCGCAACUCCGGGUAGCCUGUGUCGCCGCCAGCUUCUGCAGAGGUCUGAGCCUGGAAGGAGGUGUGUGCCUGUGAGAGCAGGAGUCUUUUGAACUGUGUGCACUAGACCCCUUUGGCCUUACGUGAAUGUGGAACUCGCCUAAGGUUGCGCCCUCUCCCCAAACCGCCCCCUGUAAUUAGUAUUCCGCUGAGCGGGUGCAUCUGCAGGGUUUGCCUCUGGCUCCUUCUGGGUGUACCUUAGGUGUGAGAAGGGAAAAGGACGCCCUGCUUCUCUGGAUAGCAUGCUGGAUUUGGAUUUCUUCGUGGGCACAAGGAUAGUUGCUGGUUAUCUGCCUUCUAUCUUGGAUUAACAAAAAAGGACCUUUGCUUUUUGAAUGCCUUCACGUUUUAGAUCCUUAACCCUUCGGAUUUAGAUGUCAUAGUUCAGGUACCUAUUACACCAUUCCUUGGCAAGGGCUACUCAGCACUGCUUACCUCUUCCAGUGCAACACUCUACAGAUUAUUUUCUCUGGAUUCCGAGCUGACACACUGCUGGAGGCAAAAGCUACGAGGCCAACUAGAACUGUGCCUUUUCUCUUCUCAAGAUUUUUUUCUUACACAGCAGAAAGAAAGAAAAAAAGAUGAAGCUGGGCAAAGUAGAGUUGUGCCAUUUUCUACAGCUUGUAGGUCUCUUCCUAUGUUUCUCUGGGACGAGUCAAGCUGAACCGCCAAGGUCCAGAUCCAAGCUAUAUUUUCAGUCAGGGAGGUCCCGAACGAAGCGCAGCUGGGUAUGGAAUCAGUUCUUCGUGCUGGAAGAAUACAUGGGCUCAGAUCCCCUCUAUGUAGGCAAGCUUCACUCUGAUGUUGAUAAAGGAGAUGGUUCCAUCAAAUACAUCUUGUCAGGUGAAGGGGCAAGUUCCAUUUUCAUUAUUGAUGAGAACACUGGGGAUAUUCAUGCCACCAAGAGACUGGACCGGGAGGAGCAGGCCUAUUAUACACUCAGAGCCCAAGCAUUGGACAGACUCACCAACAAGCCUGUGGAACCAGAAUCUGAGUUUGUUAUCAAAAUCCAGGAUAUCAAUGACAAUGAACCCAAAUUUCUGGAUGGUCCAUACACAGCAGGAGUUCCAGAAAUGUCUCCUGUGGGGACUUCAGUGGUACAAGUGACAGCCACAGAUGCUGAUGAUCCUACCUAUGGCAAUAGUGCUCGGGUGGUCUACAGUAUUCUACAAGGACAGCCAUACUUUUCAGUGGAACCAAAGACGGGAGUCAUCAAAACUGCCCUUCCAAACAUGGAUAGAGAGGCUAAAGACCAGUAUUUGCUUGUCAUUCAGGCAAAGGAUAUGGUUGGUCAAAAUGGUGGACUAUCUGGAACCACUUCAGUCACUGUGACCCUAACUGAUGUCAAUGAUAACCCACCACGCUUUCCACGAAGAUCUUACCAGUACAAUGUCCCAGAAUCUUUGCCUGUGGCAUCAGUUGUAGCCAGAAUUAAAGCUAUUGAUGCAGAUAUAGGAGUUAAUGCAGAAAUGGAAUACAAAAUAGUGGAUGGUGAUGGGUUGGAGAUUUUCAAGAUAACUGCUGACAAAGAAACACAGGAAGGAAUCAUUACAAUACAAAAGGAACUCGAUUUUGAAGCUAAAACAAGUUAUACACUGCGCAUAGAGGCUGCAAAUCGUGAUGCUGAUCCCAGGUUUCUAAGUUUGGGUCCAUUCAGUGACACAACAACUAUAAAGAUAAUUGUAGAAGAUGUGGAUGAGCCCCCUGUGUUUUCUUCACCCUUGUACCCCAUGGAAGUGUCAGAAGCUACACAAGUGGGAAAUAUCAUUGGCACUGUAGCAGCACAUGACCCUGAUUCUUCCAAUAGCCCAGUGAGAUAUUCAAUUGACAGAAACACAGAUUUGGAGAGAUAUUUCAAUAUUGAUGCCAACAGUGGAGUUAUCACUACUGCAAAAUUAUUGGAUCGAGAGACAAAUGCUGUUCAUAACAUUACAGUCCUUGCAAUGGAGAACCAGAAUCCAUCUCAGGUUGGCAGAGGAUAUGUGGCCAUCACUAUACUGGACAUUAAUGACAAUGCCCCUGAGUUUGCCAUGGACUAUGAAACCACUGUCUGUGAAAAUGCUCAGCCUGGGCAGGUUAUCCAGAAAAUCAGUGCUGUAGACAAAGAUGAGCCAUCUGACGGGCACCACUUUUACUUCAGCUUAACAACAGAUACAACAAAUAACCACAACUUUUCUUUGAAAGACAACAAAGACAACACAGCCUCAAUACUUACCAGGAGAAAUGGCUUCCGCAGGCAGGAACAAUCAGUUUACUAUCUGCCAAUUUUCAUUGUGGACAGUGGAUCUCCUUCACUAAGUAGUACCAACACCCUUACCAUUCGAGUCUGUGACUGUGAUGCGGAUGGUGUGGCACAAACCUGCAAUGCAGAGGCUUAUGUUUUACCCGCUGGCCUCAGCACUGGGGCUCUGAUAGCAAUACUGGCCUGUGUCUUGACACUAUUCGUGCUAAUCCUCCUCAUCGUUACUAUGAGAAGACGAAAAAAAGAGUCUCUCAUUUUUGACGAAGAAAGGGAUAUUAGAGAAAACAUUGUCAGAUAUGAUGAUGAAGGUGGGGGAGAAGAAGAUACUGAAGCCUUUGACAUGACGGCGCUGAGAAACCUCAACGUCAUACGAGACAGCAAAACCCGCAGAGAUGUGACUCCUGAAAUUCAGUUUUUAAGUCGACCGACUAUAAAAAGCAUUCCAGAUAACGUUAUUUUUAGAGAAUUUAUUUGGGAAAGACUGAAAGAGGCUGACGUGGAUCCAGGAGCUCCUCCAUAUGACUCUCUGCAGACCUAUGCAUUUGAAGGAAAUGGCUCGAUUGCUGAAUCUCUCAGUUCUUUAGAUUCCAUCAGUUCAAACUCUGAUCAGAAUUAUGACUACCUAAGUGACUGGGGACCCCGCUUUAAACGACUGGCUGAUAUGUAUGGAAAUGGCCAAGAGAAUUUGUACUCAUAGCCUUGGACAGUAAAUUUUUAAUGUACUGAACAAAAUCCCAGCAGAAAAAAAAAGAAAAAAAAUGUUUAAAAGAGAAGGAAAAGGCAGAAAUAUUACAUAUAGUGAACAAGAACAUUCACUUGUUGGACAAAAGAAGUUGUAAAUAUGUCUCCAAUUUUAUCAAUUAAGGUUUCUUCCUUGAUGAACCUUUCACUAGAUUAUCAAAAGGAUUUCAUUGACUACAAACUCUGGGAAUUUGAAAUUAUUAUUAUUUUUAUUAUUAUUUGAUAAAAAUAAGUACUCAAUGAUUUGUGAAUAGAUAGCAACUCUCAUACUUGCAAAGGCACCUAACUUGCCAGAUAUGUCCCGUGUUAUCAGAAAACCAAUGCUGUUGUGCACAUACAUUUAUAGUAUACUCUCUGACAUGAUUAGAGCAUGGUGUGCCAUCAAAAAAUACUCCAACUACUUGCUUAUCAAAACAUUGGAAAAUUUUAUUCCUACUGAAGCUUUUAGACUUAUGAUAGAGUUCGAAACAAUUUUAUUGUUGUUUGUGCACAGAAUUUUUUUGUUUCAUUUAGCAAUAUUAAAAUCCUCAUAAUAACUUUCCUAAGUGAAAUUCUCAAUAAUAGCCAACAAAAUUUUAUUUAAGGCAACACAAAUCACUGCUUGCCAAUAAAUUAUAAGAAGUGUUCCCAAUAAGAAAAAGAUAGAUAAUUCUUCAAGUUUCAAGUGUAUUUUAAUUGCUCGUGUAGGUAUGAUUUUAAACAAUAGUUGCUAUCUAUUCUUUAAUUUUUAUUUUCUCUUCUGAUUUGUACAGGAGAAUAUAUUUUUUACUUGACACAUAGUGUUGUGUUUAUUUAUGAGUGCUAACCUCCACUCUGUUCAGGUUUGUCUUACUGUUUCAUGGGAUUAAAUUCAUCAGCACAUGCUGGCUUGUACAACAGGAAGGAAAUGAAGUAUGGAAAUGGAGAAAUAACUGCACAGCAAUUGAGUCUCAUUGCUACUCGCAUCUCAAAGAAAAACAUUGUUCCAAGGAUAUACAAAGUUUUCUUCUGAGCCACUGGAGUAUUCAAACUGUGAGAAUAAAGUGUUUAUAUCUCAAGAAACCUUUUGAAAGAGUUGAGAUUUUUCUCUGAUGCAGGAAUUAUCUUCCCAAAUCAUGAUUCUAUAUGCUCCAAAGACUUUUCAAGGAUCUGUUUCCCAGAUUCUUUUGUUGUAACACACUGACUAAAAUAUUGAGAUUGAGAUUUUAAAUAUAUUUUAAAAUGUAUGACUCUAUAGAUCUUCAACCCAUUGUGUCCCCCAAUGAUUGAAUGAUGUGUAAUUUCUCUAUGGUUUAUAUGUGCCAAAGGGAAGGUAGAAAUUUCAAGUAAUCAUUUGUGUUUAAGAUUGAGAUGGAUGUAUCAAAAUGAGGUGACUUUUAAAAAUAAUAAUAUUUCUACUUCUUUUUCCUAGAUUAAUACUAGUUUAUUCUGCAUAUAAUCAAUUAAUAAUGAAUUUACUUUUUUCCUUACUUUCUUCUUUCAAAAUUAAUUCAUUUUGAGUUGUAAGAAAACCUAUAGUUGAACACUGUGUAUGAAUUGCAUUAUUAAAAUCCUCCUUCUGAUAAGCAGAUUUUAGAACUGAAUUAUAAUGUUGGUUAAGUGAGGAGAAGUUAUGUAGAAUGCUGUACUUGCAGUCCAUCGUUAGAAAUGCAGUAUGUGAAAGAGGCUUUCAGCUUCAUGUUAACAGUAAUUCAAUAAAUUUGAUUGUAUGCAAACAGACCUUUAGUUGAAUAAGUUAUUUAGAUGCUGUACUAUGACUAGAGAGCUACUACACUUCUUGCUAUAUUCACUGGCAUUUGUAUAAAAUUUUACCACAGAGUAAAAUGUCCUGUUCAUAACUCUUAGACAUAUAUGAACCUUUAUAAAAUUAAAACAAAUUUUAUACUUACCUAGUUCAAUGAAAUUAGAUUGUGGUAUUUGAAUUAUAUAGAUGAUGAAUUUGCAAGUGCUGAGAAAACAAAUUACUACAAACUUCUCGAUGUCUGGGAGAAAAUAAAAUAGUUAUUGCAGGGGAUAAUGGUGUCUAAAAUUCUGAUUUUUACAUAUAUUACUAAAUAGUUGCUUUUUACAAUGGAAAAUUAUCAUUGUAAUGCACAUUUAUUCACCUUGAAAAUUGAAAAAUUUUAUCCCUUAAAUUCUGUCAAUCUACUGCUAGUGCCAGCUUGAGAAAAGAAUAAUGGUUCUACUUUACAUACUGGUUUAAAAUUGUUUGCAUACAUCACAAUAUUGAUUUGUUUCUGUGGUAGUUUUGAAAUUGUUGAAGAUGAACAAAGUACUUUUUAUCUGUAGAAUUUUUAUGACACUGCAAACUUAACAGCAAUGAUGUAAAUUUGUUAUUAUAUUUUUAGUUAUCUUUUUUGUUCUAAAAAUAUAUGCUAUAUUUGGCAUAGUACUUCACAGCUAAGAGAUUGCACCAGUUUAUUGAAGAGAUGAAUUAUUACAUAAAUUAAGAAAUUUUCUAAAGUUUAUUUAGAUACAUAUUUAGUAUUUAGUGGUUAAAUGUCAUUUUACUUUAAACAGUCAGAAGUAGCUCAAGAACCAACAUGUGUCUCAUUCUCCAAAUUCACUUCCACUGAUGUGAUUUUGAUGUGCAUUUUAUCUGUUGGUUUACUUUUUAUUUGGGGGGGCAGGGUCCUAUCCUUAAGCAUAGGGCUGCCUCAUCUUCAUCACAAUCUGUUUUUCUCAAUCUCUGGUCUGUCGAAUAAAAGUUUUAUGUGAUCAAUUUGAUUUCUAAAUCCAGAACUAUGUAAUAAAGCUAUAACUCAUUAUUAUAGCUAUAUUAUGAAUAAAGAUAAUAUCAAAUAAAGAUUAUAAAAGAUGUACUGACUUACAUCCAUCAACACAGAUGUAAUCAUGGAAAUAAGUGUGGUAAAAGGGAGUAAAAUACUUUAUCGUGAUAAUAAGUUUCUUAACUUUUUAAAUGUGUUCAUUUUUACAAAACAACAAUUCAUCAUGUGCCAAAUAAUCUUUACUUUGAACAGUUUAACUUCUUUAAAAUCUAAAUGAAGUUAAUUUAUUACAAUGUAUAUUGAGGAUAUACAUCUAUGUACCAUUUCUGAAUUAUUAAUUUUGGGUAAUUUUAAAUAAUAAUAAAAAUAUGUACCAUAUUCUAGAAAAUACACUUUUGUCAGCAACAAACAAAAAUCAAGAAUGAAAUCAAGAAAAAUGUUGAGGGGUGUAGAUCAGUGUACCAGUAUUUUUCUCAGUGGACCUGGCUCCGUGUUCCUUUGUUAUAAAGCGCUGCUGGGGCAGACUGCAGGGGAGGCUGGAUCCAGAAUGUUGGGAUAUGCAGAAUUAUACAAUGAUAGUCAGCUAAUAGUUUAUCUUCCAUAAACAUUCUCAAUCACCUUAACUCUCAACAAACUCCAGUCAUACUUGCCUUGGGAAGGAACAGGCACAGGAGAAUUGUAAUGAGCAACAUCUGUAAAAUGACUCACAAAUGGAAAUGAAAACACCAACAGAAUGUUACCAUUACUAUUCAAGUGUUAACUUGGAAGAAGCUGAAAAUAAGCUGGUAAGUAAGUGGUAUAAGGAAAACAAUUCAGUUUUAACAUUUUUUAAUUACCUAAGCACUUGCAAAAAAUAUUAAUCAUGACAUUUCAAUUUUAACCUGGCAUCUGUUGACUUACCCACUGUUUUAAUUGUCCUUAUUGCUUUAUUUAAUCACCAUUUACAAGUUUAUUGAUAGUCAAUUUAAUUUAAUUAUAGAUGAAGGCAAGUAAAAGACAUAAAAAUAUAUUUAUUUACUUUCUGGUAGUCUGAAAUUUAUUUUGAUCUUAAGUAGGUAGUCUUAAGUAUUCAGAAUAAAUAUGGUGCAUAUAUAAAGUGAUGUAUAAAACUUUGUCAGAGAAAGUCAAUACAGAAUUGUGGCAACUAAAAUUAAUUAACCAAGACUUAUACUCUAACUACAGCACCUUGAAUAUAAUAAAGAAUACAAAAAGUUUUACAGCCCUUGAAUAAUAAAUUUAAUUGUUUUAUUUUGCAAAGAAAUGUGAUAAGACCUUAAAAACAUGAGAGAUAUCGAAUGCUGUGAUUGAAAAACAAUUAGAAAGAGAAAAUUUCCCAUAAAAUCAUUCAACAAGAAAUUAAGGUGCACGAUAGUCUCAAAAUUGCAAUGCUGACUUCUACCAGUGUAGAGUUUACAUGAAAAAAGCACUUAUCUGAGUAUGUAUACAUGUGUGACAUUAGAAACAUUCAGAAGUUUGAAGUGACUGAAAACAAAUUAGUAGAAUGUUAUCAGAAUAGGGUUAUAUAGUAUGCCUUUUGCCAAAAUUAAUAUACAUUUAAUAAAUACAGUUUACAUUGGGAGAAAGAUAUUGGUGGCUAAAUGAAGAAAGCAUAGGUGAAUCAUGUAUAUUGUUAUGUUUAUUUUGCUCUGUAUAUAUAAUGUCAUUUUCACUCAAUAUCUGGAAUAUGAAUUAAGUUUUAUGAUAUGUUAUCAGACUUUUUUAAUAUUAGAUAUACAGUGUCAAUAAACUCAUUUCAGGAAUGAAAUCUAAGCACACUUAUCUGAGCCAUAGGCACAAGGUUGAUUCUUUAUACUUUAAUGGUAUCAUUAUUUA